AGUUGAAUGAAAAAAAGUGUUUUGAAGGAAGUGUGCGUCUGCGUCAUUUCUGUAGAGACGCAAGCUAGCAAAGCUAAACAUCAAAGAACGAUGGCGUCCAUCGCGAUGGAUACCACGUAAAUAAAUAACGGCUCAUACGGUACGGUCGGUGAUUUUCGUGUGUCAUUGUCGGUGCUUUGUGUGAGUAGAAUUAAAAAAAAUAGAAGCGUGUCGUUAUGGCGACCGGGAGCGGCGGCAGCAGCGUCGGCUUAGCGUCAAACCAUAACGGUCAGGAGGCAGCAUCCAACUCGGUUCAGUCUGGAGCCGCAGCGGUGCUGUCCAACGCGCCAGCCUCCGGUCCUGCCCGGUCUGCCUCCCCGCCUGUCCUCGGCCUUCACCGGGAGCCCAUGUACAACUGGCAGGCGACGAAGAGCUCCCUGAAGGAGCGCUUCGCCUUCCUCUUCAACAACGAGCUGCUCAGCGACGUCAGGUUCAUAGUGGGAAAGGGCAGACAGGCCCAGAGGAUACCGGCCCAUAAAUUCGUCCUGGCCGCUGGCAGUGCCGUUUUUGAUGCCAUGUUCAACGGAGGGAUGGCUACAACCUCGUCUGAAAUAGAGCUACCUGAUGUGGAACCAGCAGCCUUCCUCGCCCUGCUCAGGUUCUUGUAUUCAGACGAGGUCCACAUUGGUCCAGAGACUGUGAUGACGACUCUGUAUACGGCUAAGAAGUACGCUGUUCCUGCUCUGGAAAGUCACUGUGUGGAUUUCCUCACUAAACACCUCCGAGCGGACAACGCGUUCAUGCUCCUCACUCAGGCAAGGUUAUUUGAUGAGCCUCAACUUGCCAGUCUCUGCUUGGACACUAUAGACAAAAGCACUGCGGACGCAAUAAACGCAGAGGGGUUUACAGAUAUUGAUCUCGACACCUUAUGUGCAGUGCUACAAAGAGACACACUCAGUAUCAGGGAGAACCGCUUAUUUGGGGCGGUGGUACGCUGGGCAGAUGCCGAGUGUUACAGACAACAGCUUCCCCCGACAUCGGACAACAAACAGAAGGUUCUGGGGAAAGCCCUCCCGCUCAUCCGCUUCCCGCUCAUGACUGUUGAAGAGUUUGCUGCAGGGCCUGCCCAGUCUGGAAUAUUGUUCGAUCGGGACGUGGUAAAUCUUUUUUUACACUUUACAGUAAACCCGAAACCACGGGUCGACUACAACGACAGGCCCCGCUGCUGCCUCAGGGGGGAAGAGUGCAGCAUUAAUAGAUUCCAGCAGGUUGAGAGUCGAUGGGGGUACAGUGGUACCAGCGACAGAAUCAGAUUCAAUGUUAACAAAAGAAUAUCCAUAGUGGGUUUUGGCUUGUAUGGUUCAAUACAUGGACCCACUGACUAUCAGGUCAACAUACAGAUUUUAGAGAGCGACAAACGCAUUACUCUGGGGCAGAACGACACAGGUUUCAACUGUGACGGCACCGCAAACACCUUCAGAGUGAUGUUCAAGGAGCCUGUGGAAAUCCUACCCAAUGUCAGCUACACUGCAUGUGCCACCUUAAAGGGCCCAGACUCCCACUACGGCACAAAGGGGUUGAAGAAGGUGACGCAGGAAUCAGCAAUGGGGAUCAAGACAACGUUUUUGUUUUUUAGCUCACCGGGAAAUAACAACGGUACAUCAGUGGAGGACGGCCAGAUACCAGAGAUCAUCUACUACGCUUAGACUUAACACGGUGUCAUGCAGGUACACUGAACCAGGGAGACCUCAGACUGCUGGGAAGACUAGACUGCUGGAGAUAAACGUAGUGCCUCAGGAUCCCUUGGAAUAAUGAAUGUGUGUGUGUGUGUGUGUGUGUGUGUGUGUGUGUGUGUGUGUGUGUGUGUGUGUGUGUGUGUGUGUGUGUGUGUGUGUGUGUGUGUGUAUAUGCUGUGUGGAAGUAAGCAGAGUCGUCUGAAAAUAAAAAAGCUUUUUUGGGCAUAAUCUGUACCUUCAGUUGUAAAUGAUCUGAGUACUGAUGUCCUGUCUGUGUGUUGUUAUCAGUAAGCUGCCAGUGCAGGAGUUAAUCCUACACGAGUGAAACUAGAGAGACAGCUACCAUUUCUUGGUCGCCGCCAUUUCUAUUUUAUUUUCUCAGUUUAUGCUGAUGCAUUUACCGAAAGUAUAAUAUUUGCAUAUUUUUUUAUUGUGCACUGUUAUCAUUUAUUCAGCAGGUGUCUUCAAGUACUUUGUUUUUGCAUUGUAUUAAGGAUCCAUAUGUGUUAUGUAACUUCGCCAGUGGUACAUGCUGUAAUUUAUGACUUCAUGUUUGCUUAGCACUUCAUUAAAAUGUAAAAUAAGAACACAAAAAAAACACUCGAGGACUUUUAUGGUGGAAUAAAAGUCUAUUUAUAGCUUUUUGGCAAUAAAAUGUGGUAAGAUUGUUUCCUUUGAUAAACUCCAGAUAAAGUGGGUAUUGGGCAUGUAUCAUGAAUCUUUUAUUGUUCCUCU